AUGGUUAUGCGGCUUGCUUCCAAGGCCAUGAAGCUUUCAGUGUGGGGAGCUGAUGAUACUGUCAUCAUGAUUGCUUUUCUCCUCUACGUCCUUGAGUUCUUCUACUACAUCGGUCUCGCUUCCAUCAAGGCCUCAAUUUUGUUCUUGUUCCUCAAGAUCUUCCCGGACAAUCGCUUCCGCAAGAUCCUCUGGCUGAUGCAGGGCCUCAACUUGCUCGUCGGUUUAUCCUUCAUCAUCCUCUGCUUUUGCGAAUGCCAGCCUAUCAACUUUUUCUGGAACGGCUGGGAUGGAGAACACGAGGGGACGUGCUUGGACCUGAACCGUGUCGGGCUCAGUCACGUUGCCUUAAACAUCACUCUCGACAUUGUGAUGCUCAUUCUUCCCAUCACCCAGCUCUACAAGCUUCAAAUGGACAGGAAGAAGAAACUCGGAGUGAUUGCCAUGUUCCUUGUCGGUAUCUUCCUCACCAUCGUCAGCAUCCUCCGCAUCAAGACGUUGACCGCCUUUGCAACGUCAUUGAACACGACUGCCGACUCCGUAGCAGUCGUACUCUGGGCCUACGUGGAACUCGGCGUCGGCGUCGUCGUCGCCUGCCUGCCCAACGUGCGCCAGCUCCUCAAAACGCUUCCCUCCAAGGUUGUUCACCUGUCGAACGCCGUGGCAUCCGCAAUGGGCUCAUCAAUGUCAAGCAGCCGCACGGUGUCAGUAUCUCAAGUGUACCACGACAAAUCGAACAAGUCGUUCGGCGACACGACGACGACGAUGGCGACCGACACGACAAUAGCUCCUUCGGUAGCAAGUCGCUCGCCUCGGGUCUCGCAGUAA